AUGAGCAUCGCUUUACUUGUUGCCCUGUUCUUGCUCAACUCAGAUCGCAUUCAGAAAGCCAUUGAGAUAUGCAGCGAAUGUUUGAUUUUGCUAACUUGCACCGAUCAAAACAGCAAAGACCAAUUUGAUUCGGCACUGCUACAAUUUUACAGCGACAUCUACACCAUUCUUUUCAGCGCGUAUCGUCAUAUGUCUGAUUACAUAAGUGCGGAAAGAUACGGGAGGAAACUGUUUUACUUAUACAGAGAGUAUGGAAUUAUGCUUUAUAAACUUGGCGAAAGCCUAAAAGCAAAGGAAUAUGUUGAGAAGGCCCUUGCCAUAACAACCAAAAUUGGCGACAGAAGCGGAGAAGCAUCAUGUUAUGGAAACCUAGGUACUGUGUUUAAGUCGCUUGGCCAAUACGACAAGGCUGAAGAGUAUCUCCAAAAAGCGCUUGUCAUCACAACUGAAAUUGGCGACAGAAAAGGGGAGGCAGCUAACUAUGGAAGCCUAGGUACUGUGUUUAUGUCCGUUGGCCAAUACGACAAGGCUGAAGAGUAUCUCCAAAAAGCGCUUGUCAUCAGAACUGAAAUUGGCGACAGAAAAGGGGAGGCAGCUAACUAUGGAAACCUCGGUACUGUGUUUAUGUCCGUUGGCCAAUACGACAAGGCUGAAGAGUAUCUCCAAAAAGCGCUUGUCAUCACAACUGAUAUUGGCGACAGAGAAGGGGAAGCAUCAUGUUAUGAAAACCUAGGUACUGUGUUUAUGUCCGUUGGCCAAUACGACAAGGCUGAAGAGUAUCUCCAAAAAGCGCUUGUCAUCACAACUGAUAUUGGCGACAGAAGCGGAGAAGCAUCAUGUUAUCGAAACCUAAGUACUGUGUUUCUGUCCGUUGGCCAAUACGACAAGGCUGAAGAGUAUCUCCAAAAGCGCUUGUCAUCAGAACUGAUAUUGGCGACAGAGAAGGGGAAGCAUCAUGUUAUGGAAACCUAGGUAGUGUGUUUCUGUCAGUUGGCCAAUACGACAAGGCUAAAGAGUAUCUCCAAAAGCGCUUGUCAUCAGAACUGAAAUUGGCGACAGAAAGGGGAGGCAGCUAACUAUGGAAACCUCGGUGCUGUGUUUAUGUCCGUUGGCCAAUACGACAAGGCUAAAGAGUAUCUCAAAAAGCGCUUGUCAUCAGAACUGAUAUGGGCGACAGAGAAGGAAGCAUCAUGUUAUGGAAACCUGGGUAGUGUGUUUCUGUUCGUUGGCCAAUACGACAAGGCUGAAGAGUAUCUCCAAAAGCGCUUGUCAUCAGAACUGAUAUUGGCGACAGAGAAGGGAAGCAUCAUGUUAUGAAAACCUAGGUAGUGUGUUUCUGUCCGUUGGCCAAUACGACAAGGCUGAAGAGUAUCUCCAAAAGCGCUUGUCAUCACAACUGAAAUUGGCGACAGAGAAGGGAGGCAUCAUGUUAUGGAAACCUAGGUACUGUGUUUAAAACUGUUGGCCAAUACGACAAAGGCUAAAGAGUAUCUCCAAAAAGCGCUUGUCAUCACAACUGAAAUUGGCCACAGAAAAGGGGAGGCAGCUAACUAUGGAAACCUCGGUACUGUGUUUAUGUCCGUUGGCCAAUACGACAAGGCUAAAGAGUAUCUCCAAAAGCGCUUGCCAUAACAACCAAAAUUGGCGACAGAAGCGGAGAAGCAUCAUGUUAUGGAAACCUAGGUACUGUGUUUAAGUCGCUUGGCCAAUACGACAAGGUUGAAGAGUAUCUCCAAAAAGCGCUUGUCAUCACAACUGAAAUUGGCGACAGAAAGGGGAGGCAGCUAACUAUGGAAACCUCGGUACUGUGUUUAAGUCAGCAGCCAAUACGACAAGGCUGAAGAGUAUCUCCAAAAAGCGCUUGUCAUCACAGCUGAAAUUGGCGACAGAAGAGGGGAGGCAGCUAGCUAUGCAAACCUAGGUAGUGUGUUUCUGUCAGUUGGCCAAUACGACAAGGCUAAAGAGUAUCUCCAAAAAGCGCUUGUCAUCAGAACUGAAAUUGGCGACAAAGAAGGGGAGGCGGCUCACUAUGGAAACCUAGGUAGUGUGUUUCUGUCCGUUGGCCAAUACGACAAGGCUAAAGAGUAUUUCCAAAAAGCGCUUGUCAUCACAGCUGAAAUUGGCGACAGAAAAGGGAGGCAGCUAACUAUGGAAACCUCGGUACUGUGUUUACGUCGUUUGGCCAAUACGACAAGGCUGAAGAGUAUCUCCAAAAAGCGCUUGUCAUCACAGCUGAAAUUGGCGACAGAAAAGGGAGGCAGCUAACUAUGGAAACCUCGGUACUGUGUUUACGUCCGUUGGCCAAUACGACAAGGCUAAAGAGUAUCUCCAAAAGCGCUUGUCAUCGCAACUGAAAUUGGCGACAGAGAAGGGGAGGCGAAUCACUAUGGAAACCUAGGUACUGUGUUUAUGUCCGUUGGCCAAUACGACAAGGCUAAAGAGUAUCUCCAAAAGCGCUUGUCAUCAGAACUGAUAUUGGCGACAGAGAAGGGGAAGCAUCAUGUUAUGGAAACCUAGGUACUGUGUUUAAGUCGCUUGGCCAAUACGACAAGGCUGAAGAGUAUCUCCAAAAAGCGCUUGUCAUCACAACUGAAAUUGGCGACAGAAAAGGGAGGCAGCUAACUAUGGAAGCCUAGGUACUGUGUUUAUGUCCGUUGGCCAAUACGACAAGGCUAAAGAGUAUCUCCAAAAGCGCUUGUCAUCAGAACUGAAAUUGGCCACAGAAAAGGGAGGCAGCUAACUAUGGAAACCUCGGUACUGUGUUUAUGUCCGUUGGCCAAUACGACAAGGCUAAAGAGUAUCUCCAAAAGCGCUUGCCAUAACAACCAAAAUUGGCGACAGAAGCGUAGAAGCAUCAUGUUAUGGAAACCUAGGUACUGUGUUUAAGUCGCUUGGCCAAUACGACAAGGCUGAAGAGUAUCUCCAAAAAGCGCUUGUCAUCACAACUGAAAUUGGCGACAGAAAAGGGGAGGCAGCUACUUAUGGAAACCUCGGUACUGUGUUUAAGUCGCUUGGCCAAUACGACAAGGCUGAAGAGUAUCUCCAAAAAGCGCUUGUCAUCACAGCUGAAAUUGGCGACAGAAGAGGGGAGGCAGCUAGCUAUGGAAACCUAAGUAGUGUGUUUCUGUCAGUUGGCCAAUACGACAAGGCUAAAGAGUAUCUCCAAAAAGCGCUUGUCAUCACAACUGAAAUUGGCGACAGAAAAGGGAGGCAGCUAACUAUGGAAACCUCGGUGCUGUGUUUAUGUCCGUUGGCCAAUACGACAAGGCUAAAGAGUAUCUCCAAAAAGCGCUUGUCAUCAGAACUGAUAUUGGCGACAGAGAAGGGGAAGCAUCAUGUUAUGGAAACCUAGGUAGUGUGUUUCUGUCCGUUGGCCAAUACGACAAGGCUGAAGAGAAUCUCCAAAAAGCGCUUGUCAUCAGAACUGAAAUUGGCGACAGAAAAGGGGAGGCAGCUAACUAUGGAAACCUCGGUACUGUGUUUAUGUCCGUUGGCCAAUACGACAAGGCUGAAGAGUAUCUCCAAAAGCGCUUGUCAUCAGAACUGAUAUUGGCGACAGAGAAGGGAAGCAUCAUGUUAUGAAAACCUAGGUAGUGUGUUUCUGUCCGUUGGCCAAUACGACAAGGCUGAAGAGUAUCUCCAAAAGCGCUUGUCAUCAGAACUGAUAUUGGCGACAGAAGCGGAGAAGCAUCAUGUUAUCGAAACCUAAGUACUGUGUUUCUGUCCGUUGGCCAAUACGACAAGGCUGAAGAGUAUCUCAAAAAGCGCUUGUCAUCACAACUGAAAUUGGCGACAGAGAAGGGAGGCAUCAUGUUAUGGAAACCUAGGUACUGUGUUUAAAACUGUUGGCCAAUACGACAAGGCUAAAGAGUAUCUCCAAAAGCGCUUGUCAUCACAACUGAAAUUGGCGACAGAAAAGGGAGGCGGAUCACUAUGGAAGCCUCGGUACUGUGUUUAAGUCGCUUGGCCAAUACGACAAGGCUGAAGAGUAUCUCCAAAAAGCGCUUGUCAUCACAACUGAAAUUGGCGACAGAAAGGGGAGGCAGCUAACUAUGGAAACCUCGGUACUGUGUUUAUGUCCGUUGGCCAAUACGACAAGGCUAAAGAGUAUCUCCAAAAAGCGCUUGUCAUCAGAACUGAAAUUGGCGACAGAGAAGGGAGGCAUCAUGUUAUGGAAACCUAGGUACCGCUGUGUUUAGAACGGUUGGUGAUUUUGAAGCUUCGGAAGUAUGCUGGGAGAAAGCCUUAUUGAUAUCCAGAGAUAUUGGAGAUGCAAGAGGAGAGUUCGAAAUCCUCGCAAAUUACGCCGUUUUGUAUUUAUACCAAUAUAAAAUCAAAGACUCCCUGUCGUGUCUUCAUCUCUGCAUUGAAAAGUAUGAGGAGCUGAGAUAUUUCUUGGGCGCCAAUGAUCAGUUCAAAACAUCAUUACUGGAGGACACAGGAAUAUUUCCUUACAAACUGCUUUGUACUUUGCUUUGUGCCACCGGAAAUGCUCGGGAUGCUAUUUAUGUUGAGGAGUUGGGUCGAGCUAGAGGCCUAUCAGACUUAAUGGCAGAGAAGUACUCUGUUGAAACGCACAUCUCUGCUAAUCCACAAUCUUGGUUUGGCAUUGAGAACAUUUUAAGAAAGCAAAAAAACUGUACUUGUCUGUACAUUUCUUAUUUUCAGAAUAGUCUGCAUUUGUGGAUCUUGAAAACAAGUGGAGUCCUUCACUAUAGAAGAGUAUCACCAGAAGAGAAUCUAGUUCAGGCUGGGUUACCCAAAGAUUUGCAUUUGAGUCAAUUUUUGGAUGAUAAUUUCCGGAGUCUUGGUAUUUUGCCCCCUAAAGAUUGUGAAGAUCGGUCUUUAAAUACGAUUAAAUUGCAACCUCUCUCCCCCGCGCAAAAGAGCUCAGCAAGAUUACGACUCGUGGAGGAGGACGAGGACGAGGACGAGAACGAGGACGAGGACGAGGACGAGAAAGUGAUUUCAAGUCUACAUUUAUGUUACAAAAUGUUCAUUGCCCCCGUUUAUGAUUUGCUUGAUGAGCCUGAAGUCAUUAUUGUUCCUGACCGCAGGUUAUACAAAGUUCCCUUUGCUGCCCUGAGUGAAAAGGAAGGAGCCGAAUACUUGUCAGAGACCCAUAAGAUCCGUAUCAUUCCUUCGUUGACAACACUCAAGAACAUUCAAGAUAGUCCAGAGGACUAUCACAGCAACACUGGUGCCUUGGUUAUAGGCAAUCCCAAGGUAAAUUGGCUGCAACCAUUGCCAGCUGCAAGAAAGGAAGCGGAGAUGGUCGGACGACUGGUGGGUGUUCCGCCUCUAGUUGAAGAGAAAGCAACGAAGCAGGCGGUACUUGAGCGGAUAAGUUCAGUGAGCUUGAUACAUUUUGCUGCCCAUGGUGACGCGGAAAGAGGAGAAAUUGCACUCUCCCCCAUUCCUACUCCCAACAGUCAAAACGCUAUCCCGAAGGAAGCUUACAUGUUGACGAUGGCUGAUGUCUCACGAGUGAAAGUCAGAGCUAAACUGGUGGUACUUAGCUGCUGUCACAGUGGAAGUGGAGAGAUAAGAGCCGAGGGAGUUAUAGGAAUUGCCCGUGCGUUCUUAGGAUCCGGUGCUCGCUCGGUGUUGGUUGCGCUGUGGGCCAUUCCAGACUCAGCAACAGAGCAGCUGAUGAGUCGGUUCUACGAACACCUCAUUGAAGGUGGAAGUGCCAGUGAAUCCCUUCAUCAUGCCAUGAAGUGGAUGAGAAAAAACGGCUUGAACAAAAUGUCUGAGUGGGCUUCGUUUACGCUGAUUGGAGAUGAUGUGAGACUCGACUUUGACACGCAGCGGCAAGACUCAGUGAGGACAGGUAUUUCUUAA